AUGGAAGGUAGCAUCGAUGCUGGGGGCGAUGCGGGUGCAUCGUCCGGCGUUGGUGGAGCAGCGCCUCAGCAUCCUCUCAACAAGUCGCAAGAUGGCGAGGCUGAGAUUAACAGCGAGUCUGGACUUGAGGAGGAGACCGCCAAGAGCGGUGAAAUCUCGAUCAGGCGAAGCAGCACAUCCCUGCGAGCGAGUGAUCCUGUGAAAGAGAAGGACCAGAAGCGAGGCGGCAUCACCAAGGCCAAACUCAAGCAGUUCCUGGGCCGCCAGACGCCAGAGCAGCUCUACGAGAUCGGUCAGAAGGCUGAGAAGGAGGGCGACUACACCAAGGCGCUUGAAUGCUAUGUGAAGGCCGGCGAGCACAAUCCGGUCCACGUGCGGUCCAUCUACGCCAUCGGCAGCCUGUAUGAUGGCGGGCGCGGUGUCGAGCGGGACCACAAGCAGGCCUUCUUCUGGUUCAACAAGGCGGCGGAGCACGGCGACCCGAAGGCCCAGUUCAACAUCGCCGUCAUGCACGAGGACGGCGAAGGCGCGGAGAGGGACCCGGCGCUGGCCCUCAAGUGGUACACCAAAUCGGCGGAGAGCGGCUACAAGCGCCCGUGCUACGAGCUGGGUCGCAUCUACGAAAACGCCGAGUGCGGCGUAGAAAAGGACAUGUUCAAGGCCUUCGCCUAUUACCUGCUGGCGGCGCGCAAGAGCGACUCGAAGGCCCAGUUCAAGGUGGGCGUGUUCUACUCCAAGGGCUACGCCGUUCACCAGGACUACAAAAAGGCGAUGAAAUGGUACAAGCGCGCGGCGCAACAGGGCGACCCGGACGCACAGUGCAACCUGGGUUGGAUGUACGCGAGCGGUCAGGGCACUGAGGCCGACGACGCGCAGGCCGUGUUCUGGUACCAGAAGGCCGUGGUGAAAGGCCACGCCGUGGCCGAGUGCAACCUCGGUAAUUGCUAUCACGACGGCCGGGGCGUGGCCAAGGACCUCGCCGUCGCCUUCAAAUGGUACGAGAGUUCAGCUCAAAAGGGAAACGCCGUCGGUCAGCACAAGCUCGGUUGGGCCUACUUCAACGGCGAUGGCGUCGAGAAGGACGAGAGCAAGGCGGGCGAGUGGUGGCACAAGGCGUCCGCGCAGGGCCAUGCGGCGGCGCAGUGCGACCUCGGCUGGGCCUACGACAAUGGUCGCGGCGUGCCCAAGGACUCAGCCAAAGCAGUCGAACUGUACCUGCAGGCCGCAGCGCAGGGCAACUUCUUCGCGCAAAACAACCUCGGCAUUGUGUUCAAGAACGGCAUGGCGGUGCCCAUGGACCUCGCCCAGGCUUUCGAGUGGUUCAUGAAGGCUGCUGAACAGGACUACGCAAACUCGCAGUACUGGGUCGGCUACUUCUACGACCACGGCUGGGUGGUGGAAAAGGACCACGUCAAGGCCGCCGAGUGGUACGAGAAAGCGGCCGAGCAGAAGAACGCCGGGUCGCAGUACGCGCUCGCGGGCAUGUACGAGACGGGCAGGGGCGUCGAGAAGAAUCUGCAGAAGGCGUACAGC